UUGUCUUUGUCGAGCAGAGCUUCUUCAAUGGAGGACUCACAGAGGAGAAGAAGCGAAGCAGAGACGAAAGAAUUGAAAAAGAAUGCGACCCAUGAAGCACUGAAUCUCGCCGGGCUUUCUAUUGGCUUCAACGUACGGUUGAGAUCAUCUGAUAUGCCGGUACAUAUGCAAGAGCGGGCUCUUCGUUGUACAAGAUCGUUCCUCGAUUCGAAUCCUAGAAAGCGCCCGAACCCGACCCAACUCUCCCAAACCCUCAAAAAGGAGUUUGACUCGGUGUACGGACCAGCGUGGCACUGUGUGGCCGGAACGAGUUUUGGGUCGUUUGUGACUCACUCACGCGGUGGGUUCUUGUACUUCUCCGUCGACUCGCUGUUUGUUCUUCUCUUCAAAACGGAGGUUCAAGUGGUCAAAGAAGUUUGACUCGGUCUUUAACACACUCGCAGGAGUAGAUAAUUCAAGAUACUCGCCGUCCCAGGUCACCAACAAUGACAAUAGAUGGAACAACUCUCCUUGUUUUUUUUUCCCCCCUUCUAUUCGAGUAUGAGUAGCUUUAGCUUGAAAGUAAAAAAAUGUUAGAGUAGAUAGAUAUGAUAUUUGAUUGAAAGUUUCUCAAGUGUUUUGGUUUAUUUCAUCAGAAACUCAAUCACGAAUCUUAGGGUGUUCGCCGUCAAUUUUGGUGGUUUUCCUUUUUCCUCCUGUUUUUGACAUAAAUUAAAUCGAUCAAAGUGAUUGGUUUUUCUUCUU